GCGAGGCCCUUGCAGAUUCCACUCGACAAACGCACGAGUGAGACACAAGCACUCCCGUCCAUCUGGACACCUUACUUCCGUUGGACAACACAGCAUCACAUGGAUUGAGGACCACCGUCACAACGCCUUUGGAUACGCCGCGUGGAAUGCGUGAACAUGUAGAAAGUGCAACAAUUGAUACCAUCGGCUCCCGCACGCCAUGUGCGUCGGACUUGCCAUUGGGAGAUAUCCCAGCGGACGGUAGCCACGACUGCGACAUUGGACCGUCGGGUGACACAUGCGACGACAAACACGUCGAGAUAGCCUCACUGCGCAGGUAUAUGACCUUCAGGGAUGCGACAUUCAUUGGACAGAGAUCACAAUGGCCUCCAGAGCUUUCAGACAGCGGACCGUCAACGGCGUUCCCCGCACACGACAGGCGCGGUCAGAAGCGGAGACACACAGAAAAGCAACCAGCUUAUGGAUCCUCUGACCGUGAGGCGUUCUCAUCAGGCGAUGAUCUGACCAAUCCAGAUGAUGCGAUGCGGACUACACCUCCCACACAACAAGCACUCACGGGGGAUUUCCAACCGUUGGAAGUUGGAGGUCGUUAUGAGUCUAUGGAUGCGUUGCGUGAUGCGGUAGUGCUCUGCGCUGUGGCAUCUGGUUUUGAGUUCCGCAUCAAGAGAUCGAACAAGACGAGGUACUAUGUCACAUGUGCUCACCCAGAUUGCCCAUGGUCAUUGGAGGCCAAAGCAGCACAUGCUAAUGGACACACGGAGAUUGUUCGUCUGACUCCGCAUCGCCCUGGUUGUAGAAAACCAGUCCAGCCUGGCCUGAAACGCAACAAACACGCGAAGCUAAGGUGGGUGAAGCUUAUGGUUGAGAAAAAGUUGCGAGAGGACAGAGAAACGACUUCUGCAAAGUUGAAGAAAUGGUUUGACAAGGCAGUGAAGACCCGCGUCAGCUACAUCAAGUGUUUGCGAGCGAGGACGUCUGUGCUUCGGACACUGAAUGGGGCUCCGGAGGAGGGGUUCAGCGACUUGCGAAGGUAUUGCAGGGUGUUGCAUGAAACAAACCCUGGCUCCAUUAUCGACCUUGAGUGCGAGGGCAAUGUCUUCGUUCGCAUGUUUUUCUCGUUGGCCUCCUCUGUAAGUGGAUUUGCACAUUGUAGACCUUUGAUUGUGCUCGACGAGGCACACGUCAGAGGGAAAUACAAGGGAUGUCUUCUCGGCAUCACUGGUCGAGAUGCAAAUGACCAAUGUUUCCCCCUGGCGUAUACGAUUGUGGAUGAUGAGAGGAAGAUGCAUUGGAAGUGCUUUCUCGUCCUCCUCAAGCGCUUGUGCGCUGUAGCGAAGAUGGACCACAAAAUCGUGACAAUAAUGUCAGACCGGGACAAAGGGCUCAUACAGGCGGUGAGUGAGGAGUUUGGGGAUGAGCGGCACACAUACUGUGUCCGCCAUGUCAGUAGGAACCUCCUGAAGAGCUUGAGGCUGAAAAAGGAACAUGCAACGAUGCUCCUUGAAGCGGCGAGGGCGACUUGCGAGGAGGUUUUCAAUUACUACAUGCAGCGGCUCGCUGGAUAUUCGAGGCACAACAACAUUGUCGACCAAAUCCUUGACAAAGUGGACAAAAGGCAUUGAGGAGGCCCAUAUUUCGUCCAUCCAAGGUACGGUAAAGUGACAUCGUCCGUAGCCGAGUCCAUGAACAACAAAAUGUUGGAGGUUCG